GAUGUAUUCGCAGCCAGUGCUUUGCUAGAGAUUGUAGUCUAAACACUUCACAGAAUUUUCGAUAUCAGUGGUAACAAAUAAAUCAAAAUGAUUUCAACAAUUUUAAUUAUAUCAGGCGCUUUAUGGGCAAUUUAUUAUUUAAUUGGAUUGUACAAUGAAACGUACUGGAAAAAACGCGGUGUCAAAUUCUACAUGAAGCACAAAGUUUUCGGUCCCAUGGGAGAAUUUCUGACGUCAAAACGAGCGCUGUUUGAAAUUUUCGAUGAUAUAUAUAAAAUGUAUCCCAAAGAGCCUGCAGUUGGUGUUGGGUCCAUGCUGACGCCCGCACUCUACGUCAAGGAUCCACUCAACGUGCAACAUGUUUUAAGUCUUGAUUUCAAUUCAUUCAACCACAGAGGAUUUGAAACGAACGAAGGUGAUCAACUCGGCGAUAAUGUUCUUUUCAUGAACGGCAAUAGAUGGAAGAUUAUGCGUCAGAAUAUGACACCGCUAUUUACGGCAACUAAAUUGAAAAGCAUGUACUACAUAUUAGAUCGUAGCGCCACAGAUUUUGUGAAUUACUUGAAUCAGAAACCAGAACUAUUAAAGAAGGAUAUUUUUCACACGCUUACGACAUUCUGUAACGCCGCUAUUGGAGCUGCUGUCUUUGGUGUAGGUAAUGAGUCUAUUUUUGAAUCACCUUUUCUUGCUAUGGCCCUCGACAGCAUGAAACCGAGCACUAUACGUAACAUCCAAUUUGCCAUUGCAUCUCUAAAUGAUAGAUUAUUUAAACUAUCGGGAAUCAAAAUAUUCAAAAAACACGAGGAAUUCUUCAUAUCAGCUAUAAAACAAGUGAUUCGAAAAAGAGAAGCGGAGAAUGUUAAGAAACACGAUUUCGCAGAUUUGUGUGUUGGUUUGAUAAAUAAGGGUACAUUGAAGGAUCAUGACACAGGGUUAGAAUUACUACCUACUGAUGAAAUAUUAGCAGCGCAAGCGUUCUUUUUCUUCCUCGCCGGGAGUGAACCCAGCGCUUCUGCUAUCUUCGUUACGCUAGUAGAGUUAGGCAUGAACCCAGAGCCAUUGAGACGUGUUCACGAAGAAAUUGAUAAUGCGUUUGAGAAAUAUAAUGACACAAUGACAUACGACACAGUUAAUGAAAUGGAGUAUCUAGACAUGGUGUAUAAUGAGGCGCUAAGAAUGUACCCACCAAUUGGUUUUUUGACAAGACAGUGCGUUAAGGACACUGUAUUGCCUAACGGGAACAUAAGAGUUUCAAAAGGAACGAAGAUAUUUACACCAAUAUUUGAAGUCCAUCAUGACUCAACGCUUUUCUCCGAUCCGGAAGUUUUUAAUCCGGACAGAUUUUCACGUGAAAAUCGGCAUAAAUUGCCAAAUAAUAUGUACAUGCCUUUCGGUGAAGGUAAGAGAUUGUGCAUCGGUGUGAGAUAUGCGACUCUACAAGUAAAAGCGGGUUUGGUACAUUUGCUGCGUAACUUUACGGUUAAAACUCACGUUGGUAAAGGUGGAAUCAAAUAUAGUAAGCAGAAUAUGCAAGUGAGGCCGGACAAUGUUAACAUUGAACUGAUACCUCGCAGUCUGAAGAAUUAAUAUUGAACAAAACGAAUCUUUAUACAACAAUUGGGACUUUAUUGGUAAUUUAUAAUAUAUCAAGUUGUAUGGGACUAAGAACUCACUGUAAAUAAAAAAAAAUAUUAUUAACUAUUUUUUUCUAAAUGUAUGUAUGU